AUGAACCAGACUCAGCCAUACAUGGACAUGCACCCGGCUUCGCAUAUUUCAUCAGGGCCAUCAUAUUCCCAUUCCGCAUCGACUGCUCCUAUAGGACAUUAUCCACAGUAUCAGCAACCCCCCGUCAUUCCUCCUGCAUCUCAGCAUUAUGGACCAGCUCAGACAUACGGCAGCUAUGGAUACGCAAAUGGAGUGACGUCUCCACAAUCCGCGAGUGGUCCCAUUGGGCAGCAAGUGCAAUCUCAGAUUCCAUCACUACCAGCGAUGAUGGCCGGGCCCAACUCCCAACAUUCUUAUGUUCCGCAGGCCCCAACCUUGCCCGCGCCGAAUUCAGGAACGUAUGCACCAACCCCGCCUUUUGACACCACCGGCCAGAUUGCGCCUCCUGGAAUGAAACCGAGGGUUACAGCUACUUUGUGGGAAGACGAAGGAAGCCUUUGUUUCCAGGUUGAAGCCAAAGGUGUUUGUGUGGCGCGCCGUGAGGACAACCAUUUUAUAAAUGGCACCAAGCUUCUCAACGUUGCUGGUAUGACUCGAGGCCGACGCGAUGGAAUUCUUAAGUCAGAAAAGACCAGGCACGUCGUCAAGAUUGGUCCCAUGCACUUGAAGGGUGUUUGGAUACCAUUCGAGCGUGCGCUUGAUUUUGCCAAUAAGGAGAAGAUCACUGACCUCCUGUAUCCAUUAUUUGUACACAACAUUGGUGGUCUAUUGUACAACCCGGAAAAUGCACCUAGGACAAACGCCGUGGUUGCCGCGACUGAGAGACGUCGCAUGGAUAGUGUGGAUUCUGGCAGGCAAUCUCAACCUGCUCAAACACCUUCCAUGCAUCAUCACCACAGCAUGCAAGGUACCGGACAAGCACCGCCUACUCCUCAUUCUAUUGCUCCCCAUCCCAAUGCAGGACGCCCUGGCAUCGAUCGUGCGCACACCUUUCCCACGCCUCCAACAAGUGCCUCGAGUGUGUUGGGCAUGAGUAGCCAAGGGAACUCAUAUGAUUGGGGCAAUCAGAACAUAGCCAACGGCGCACCUACAGCACAGCCACUCUCCAUUGACACGGGUAUGAAUGCUAGGUCGAUGCCCACCACCCCUGCAACCACCCCGCCAGGUACAGGUGGUCCAGGGAUGCAAUCGUAUCACAACCAACCAACAUAUGACUCAAAACAUUAUUACAGCACCACCCCGAGUUCACAAACCGGUUAUGCUCAACACCCAGAUGGGAGCCGCUAUGGUCAGUCCAUGCCUCCUGCUCCUUAUGGUAAGACCGAUAUGGGUCCCCCCACGGCUCCUGGCACGAGUAGUACUGGUGCGGAUGGCCAUGAUCAUAAGGCUGAUGCUUAUUCUCAAGUCUCGGCUCAAAAUCACGGCUCGCAGCAUGACAGUGAUCAUCCAGACAGCGGUUACAUGAGUGCCAAUGCAUCUGCAUACAACACCAAUCGAAAUCAGUACGCAUACAACCCAGGACCAGAUCAUCCUCAUAUGUCACCUGAAUUGUCCGCUUCCCCAUCUCACCAAAACGGCUCUGGCCACGCCACUCCACGAACCUUACCCUCGGGUCAACCCCAAUGGACACCUGAUUAUCACACUCCUCCGAGGGGGCCUCCAUCGAGUAACUUGUAUAACGUGAUGGGAGGUGCUCGCACGCCCGUGGGGGCUGGUCCUGGCGACAGCUAUGGCAAUCCGGCAUAUUCGGGUGCAGGCCAUCCGACCGGAUUGACCUCUGCGAAACGUGGACGCGAUGAUGAUGACCAAGAUCGACCAGGAAGUCGGGACUAUGAUGGGUACGAUUCCAAGAGACGCAAGGUGGGACGAUCAGACACGUUUGGAAUGCCUCUUAAUCCUCCACCUCAUAUGCAGGCUAUCAAGACUGGUGGACAACGGUAG